AUGAAAGAUGAUAAAGGAAAUAUCAUUCCAUUUGUACAAUGUACUAAAUGUUUAUCAAUUUUUGCUUAUGAAUCAUGUAAAACUGGUUUAAGUACUCAUAAAGCACAUGCUGAAGGUUGUCUUGGUAGUAGUUCUCCUAGUUCAAGCAAAAACCAAGACAUCAUCGUAAUGAUGAACAAAGAUAAUAAUAGUAAUAUACUAGCUGAUCUGAAGAGUGUAUUUACUGAAACAUGUGCGAAAUUUUGUGCUUAUGAUUUACAUCCAUACGAAUCUGUUCGUGGUCAUGGUUUCCAAAUAUUAUGUCAAUCUUUAUUAGAUCUUGCACGUCAAAAUUUUCAUUCAAUUGAAGCAGCUGAUAUUAUUCCGGAUCCAACGACAAUCUCGCGUCGGGUACAAAAACUAGCUGAAGCCGACUUUUGGAAAAAUAAAUUUACUUCAGAUAGCUAUUUAACAGUAAAUUUGCAUUACAAUAAAGAUGGACAAAUGAAAAAUUUUAUGUUAAAAACUGUUUCAAUAAGCGAAGCUAAAACUGGUGAUAUAACUGAUUUACUUUCCGUAUUUAAAAUUGGUAGCGAGAAAUUAUCUGCUGAUAAUGUUUCUACUUUACACUCUGUUUUACCAUGGUUUUAUAAAUUCAGAAAAUCUUGUGAAAUAAAAGCUACUGAUCGUCCAUGUAUUGCUCAAUUGAAAAAGAAACUAUUAACAAAGCUUGAUGCGAAGUUAUGGUUAACGGACAUUCACUACAUCGCUACCUUUCUUCAUCCUGAAACUAAAUCGCUUCCAAAAAGAAAUAAACGUGCCAAACGUGAUGAUAUUAGUGUUGAUCAUGUAUUGAAAGAGUUUAUUUCAAAUGAAAAUUUAUCAACAGAUGACGAAGAACCAUAUGAUGAAGUGAUCGAAUAUAUGAAAUGUAAAGUAAAUUAUUCAAGUGGUGAAGAUGUUUUGUCAUGGUGGAAAAAACAUUCCUGUAUAUAUACACAACUAUCACGUUUAGCACUAGCAUUACUUUCUAUUCCUGCAUCAUCAGCAACAAGUGAACGUAUCUUUAGUGGAACUGGAAGAAUUUUGGAAACAAGAAGACAACUAUUGAGUGCUGAAUCACUUGAUUCACUCGUUUUUUUACUAGAUUGUAUAUUUUUUUCAUAUGAAAUAAAGUUUGAAAUUGAUUGCACGUGA